AUGGCGCUUUUAAGUAACCAGAAUUUGAAUUGUAGUAGUAAUUACGGCGAGGACGUCGUUGCCCGAGUCAACGUCCUUGCCUCCUGCUACAUUGUCGACUCAGCUGCCCAGCUCAAGGGCAUCCACUACUGCACUACCGGGGCUGCAGGACUACCUUCUCCUCCAACAAGCCCCCCCCUCGCCGCGCUGACUUCGUCUAACGAGCUCGCUCUUCUUCCGAAGAACAAGAAGCGCGACAAUUCGGGCCACCGUCGCCCGGAGCGACGAGGGGGGGCAGCACUCACGAUCAGGGAAGAAUGUGAGAGAUUCUUUUGUGAGCCCAUGAAGACAGCAUUCCACGGUGAGAGGAACCUGUCGAUGAAUGGCUCCGGCCUGUCAGGUGCUUAUUUACAAACGCCGCCACCAGAGAGCCGGUUAUCCGACGCCUUCCGGCAGAGCAUGGACAUCAAGUCUCAGGGAUUUGAAGUCGAUGCCUGGAUGGAAGUUUGGGAUUACGCUGGUGGUGCGAGCUUUCGGGCCUUUGUGGCAAAUAACGGACAGGAGAAAUCCUUGUUUGUCUUUUUUGACAUUGAAGGUGCCAUGGGACGAGAUCUCAAGAAAGCUCUUAUGGCUCUUAUCGAACUUGCUGAUGGCCCUUUGGAAUGUGCACACAUCGUGACUUGCAUUGAUCGCCGCAUACCCUUUGAGGAAGCACACGAAUUGACCAAGAGCCUUCAGUGGGUUGGAUUCGAAAUGACCACUCUAGACCACUGGGCAAAUCACCUCGAUGUAACGAGCAAACGGUGGGUAUUCAUGGGCAUGGAACUCUAG